AUGGAGUCGCACAAUGAUUUGGGAUCAUCAUCCGAUUCGCUGAGUUCACUGUACGAAGAGUGGAAGCGAAUUCACGACAUCCAUCCGUCGGAAGAUUUUAGCCAGCGAAAUGCUUCGAUAGAGCACUUCCUCGAAGGAUUUAAUCGGCUUGGCGAAGAGGACCGGAUGCAGUUAGACCGCCUAAACCGUUGUGAGAACAUUGCGUCAGCCUUAUCACGCCAACUGCUGCUAUUGAUAUACGAAAUCUGUGAUCCCAGCGUAAAGCGUCUCAGCGGUGGUGAUUCAGAGACGACAGCAGCACCGUCUAACCCUGAAGAUCGCACCGCUAGCAGCGCCGGGACGGAUUUAGCGAGUAGUGAUAGUAGUGGCACUACUAUCGACAAUGGCGUAAGUAUCCAGAAUGAUGUUCCGGUUGCGUUGCCCCCGGCAAGUGUGGAUUCCAACGAAAACCGACGUCAGUGGUUGAAGGAUUUUUUCUUAAACGGCAUCGGAGGCCGGCUGUUGCAGACCUUGGCGCGGAUUGGUGCUAAAGACAUUGCCAAUGGGCGUGAGAUAACGGCGGUUCUGGUGCGCAUACUACCAACCACAAGGUGGUCAGCGGUUUUGGACGCUUCCCGGGACCCUUCGCUGGAGCCCUGUCCUGGUUAUGGUGAAUACGUUAGAAGCGUGCUCGGCUUCCGUUCCUUCAACGAUGAUGGGCAUGAGGGCAUGAAACGUUCUUUCUGUGAUCCGACCGCCUCGAUGUUUGAAGGAUUUCAUCAUUCAGCACCAUUUAAUAAUCGACACCACAGUGGCGACAGCCUGCCGGUAGAACCAUUACAGUACGAUCGUUCGCAACUACGAUACAUGACGAAACUGUCGCAGGAUCAAUUCACCCAGACCGUGCUAAAUCUGUUGGAAAGCCUGAUCGUGCACGAGAACGUGCUCACGAUUGACGAAAAUUCGGUGACUGUGUCCUGUUUGCGCGUUGCGCUCGAACAACUCAAGUGCCAGGAGCGACUAGAGGAAGGAGUCACGAACCGGCGAAUUCUGCGCCACAAGUUGCUCGGUCUGGUGAUGCUUUGCCUAAACAAUCUAUUCUUCCUGGAAACACUGGACUCACCCGACGUCAGUCUGCGGAUAGUGGCUUCCGAUAUGAUGGAAUUGUUGCAGCGAGAGCUGCGCGAGCCUCCCUCGCCGACGACUUUGAAUGUUGUAUGGGGCGAGUUUGUUCACAAUCUUGCGUACGCCAUUGUGUCAAUCGUCAAUCACACAUUUCUCCAUUUUUGCCAAAAUUUCGUAGGCGAGCAACUUUUUAUGUCGAUCUUCAAGCUACUUGAAAGUAAUCUAGAGACAAUGAAGCACACGUACACCCAGCUACAACUUGCGAUCGUUCCUCAGCCAAACUCGGGUCUGAUCGACAUCUUACUCAAAAUGUUGGAAAACUUUAUUCUCGUCCUCGCGCCGGCACGAUCGCACAGCGGCAAAAGAGUUCGCAAAUGUCGUGUUCGGUUGCAUCACUCGCGACAAGAGCCGCGCUCUGCGUACGUUUGCGCUCUCGAGCAUCUGCUGCUGAACUUCUUUCCGAUCGCCAAACACACCGACCAGCGAGCGUUAGUGAGUUUCUUCAAGGUGCACCAGCUCUGCUGCUGCAACACCAACGCUCACACGCUCGAAGUGCUUCUGAAGCUUUCUAAUGGUGACCUGAUACCGAAGCUGCGCCUGAACUUCACAGCACGAACCGUAGUAUAUGCGAUCUUCCAUCGCUCGCAGUGCGUUACCUGUGAGUCAGAUCGGGCGGCCAACACGUUCUAUGAGCAGUUUACCCACACGCAUCGCGAUGUGUUCUGGGAGUUCGGGCGACCCGAGAACCGUUACUGCUGCAUGCCGACCUUCUUGCGUUAUCUGCUCGAUAUUGUGCGCUUUGUGCCGUACCGGCUGAAAGCGUUCAUCGUGCAGGAGUUGGUGCAAAAGUUGCUGAGUGAUGAGCUGAAUGCCAUCGUCGAGAAAAUUCAGCCGGAGCACGACGACAGUUGGAAGGAAGUGGUGAACGGAUGUCUGCUGAUCGUUUGCCGUGCGGCGACUACCGAGGAAGCGAUGGUGGAACUGUUUUACUGUGACGCAAAUAUGGAUCUUUUGAGAGUACUUAGCGGACGGCUUGAGCUUUCGCACAACAUGCACGCGAUCAUGACGAUCGGUUUGCAGGCAAUGGAAGCACUCGGAAGGCUACCAAUCGUCCACCAGCUGAUCGAUAUAUUGCUCAACGAACUGGACAAACGAGGCGCUUAUUUAGUGUCCGUUUUAGCUGCCGCUGCUAACAGCACCAUCGUGGAUGUAGAGCUGAAACCAAUCGAAUGGACGGCAGGAAGCAACAAGGAGUCGCUUGACGAACCAUUCGAAGCCACGCUUCAACUGCAUCUUGAACACUGGAAGACGGUGCGACACCUUCUGAAGCAAAGUGAGUGCUUUCGUCGAGCCUUCCUCGAUCGAUACCAGGGACGAAAGGGUGUGCAGCGCUUUCUCGACCUGUCCUGCAACCUGGCCAGCGUUUGUUUAUAUCGCAGUGAACCGUGCGGUGAGGACAGUGAUACGGGGAGCGGCUUUUCGGGACCAGUGUCGUUCCAAAUAGGUCCAUUAGUGGCAGCAUCGGAUUCACCAGAGCUGCGCAGUGUGUUGAACAUAUUCCACUACAGCGACCAACUGAUCGAUGGAUCAUUGUCGACGGGGAGUUUCUAUUAUUCCGCCACUGGGCAAGAAUCCCCAGCGGAAAUUAGUUACUCACCGAGCCGGGAGGAAGAUUUUUCCUUUCUGCAGGAGCUUCGCUUAGGGAUAGAUUGGCAACUAACGGGUAGCACCAGAGGAGUUACCGAAAGGGCAGUGUUCGGAAAGUUGGAGAAGAAAUGGUCUAUAUCGGAGCUGUUCAAUAUUCGUCAAAUGCUGGCCGACUUAAUGGAAGGAUAUCUGCCGCGUUCGAAGCGAACAACAAGCCGCGGACGGAUCGGGAUCCUUCCGGACGCUACCCGUAAGCUGCUUGAUGCAGGAAGCACUGUGGUGAGGAAAAAGUUGACAAACCUUUUUGAAACCAUCGUUGCAUCGAUGCAGUUGCUCUCCACUGCUGAUUUAUCGAGCAAUGAGAGUAUGGCAUUGGAACAAGACAACGUGAUGCAGUUGGCACUGUUCGAGUUGAAGCGUUUGCUGUUGAGCAAUGCAAUCAACAACUGGGACUGUCCGGGAAAGGCGAACGACGUGAUGAACGUGCUACAGGCGCUGAUAAAGGUGGCCGAAAUGCGAAAGGAAACGAAUCAGCAACGUUGCGGUACCUGGACCGGGAAAGAAAGCUUUUCUGAAAGAGAGAAAUCGUACGAUGAGGUAGAUCACCUAGCCAGCCUUGGGGCGCCGAUUCAUGCCGAUGACAACAUGGCUGAUGAUGUUAGCUCGACGGAUGAGUCUUACACAACCGCACGAGACGAUGGUUACGAGGGUGACGUGGAAAUUGAAACGAACCAAAUGCCACAAUCAAGACACGGGCUACCGGCGCAGAGGAACCGCCAGACGGAAGAAGUGGGCAAACAAUCUGGGGGCUCGAUGAAUGCAAACAUCUGCACGCUGGUGACGGAGAUUCUGGUGGAACUCUCAGCACGAUGCGCCGAAAGUCCUGACCAUUGGUGCUCGGUUUUGUCCCAGAUGGUCGUGAAGCUGAACAUGAUCCGUCACUGUCUCGGUGGUGCGCUCUACCUCAUCCGAGGUUUCGCAAGCGUAUUGCAAAAGAACGAUAGCCGACUGAAGGAACUGCAAUCGUCCAUCAUGGAUCUUAUCGUUGAUCUCGACAAUCCGGAGGUGUUAGUUAGAUUUGUGCAGCUUCUCGGACAUCCGGACCCCCCGGUGCAGUCAAUACUGACGAAGCUGACGAAACUGUUCGAAGCUAGUUCCGGUGUAGAAUGCUACCAGAGUAUAGCGUUCCCCACGCUGAACACUAGUCACACGUUUUGGUCGUCGAGCGAUGUGCUGCUGGCAAAGAAGAUCACCUUCCUGCGUGAACAUCAUCUCCACUUUGGCGUACGAUCCGGGUUUACCGAUUCGGCCACAGUGGUUCCACUGAACUAUGCCAGCUUUUACCCGUGGAACAGCAACGGAUUCACGGUUUCGCUGUGGUUUCGAGUCGCACAGAUGGCGGACAAUCAGCGGUCCGAUUGUACUCACCUCCUAACGAUCGGUAGCGAGAAGCAGCUUCUUUCGGUGUACUUUUCGGCCCAACGACAGCUGAUCGUGCGCUACAGCAAACCGGAUCGCAUUCUAACGACCAGCAAUACCGAACGCUAUUUGGCCGCAGCGUGCGGUGCACAGUGCUGCGAAAGCUGUGCGAAGGAGAUGCUCCACCUAUGGACGUACAAACAUCUGCUGCGCACCAUUACCGAUGCUUCAUCGCUAACGUUUCAGCUGGAUGCUCCCGGGGCACAGUGCGUUUACUGCUUCAAGGCGCUUCCGAUUGGUGCAAAGGGACGGCGCGAUGCAAGGGAACCGCUCUCGGAUGCCGGCGACGUUAGCAUUUUUCGGCAGAUUAUCGUCGGGCAGGAUUGGUGUGCCCCGGAAGAUUGCUGGUCGAUGCUUUCGUUGAGUGUACAGCAAACGGACGAAAACGUUGCGCUGACGAUCACGCUGGAUGGAGUACAGCAGCUGGCGCGAUUGACGCUGCCGAAUGGAUCUCGAAUCCACAUCGAUACCGAUCUAACCGUCCUUGGCAUAGGUCAUCGGGCGACCAAGGUGAACGAGUGUUCUGUCGGGUACGACCUGGCCGGGCUACACCUGUUCGGACGGUGCAUUACGGACGAAGCGGCUCUAGCCAAUCUUUACGCGAUCGGUCCAAAUGUGAACAAUUUUGGUGCUGUAGUUAACGGGUACAUCGUACCGAAUUAUGGAACACUGAACCUUGUGAAACUGACCGUGUCCGAUCUUCGAAUGGGUGCUUCGAUCCGGCUUCUUGAACGGUCCCAUCUCGGUUGUUGGGUUGCGCACAGACCGGAGUGUUUCGUUGCACGCAAUCAAAGCAUUGGCCUGAUGUCGUUCGGUGGAAAGCUUCGUCCGACUGAGAAUGCAUCCUUGCAGCGUUCGCUCCUCGUUGCCGGUGGUAUAUCCGUCAUGUUGGUGUGUUUCGCGCGCGUGGUGGAACUCAGCGACUCGCCAAACUUACAAGCGGCCGCCCUGCAGCUGCUGCUCGGAAUUGCUCACUCCAAUCAUGACUUCUACAACGAAUUCGUGCUGUGCAACCAUCUGGAGCUGAUCGACAUUGUGCUGAAAAGUAAACGGUGCCACAAGGACAUCGCUCUUCUCUCGACCCUCCUUGAAGUCGCGUUCGAUCAACCGAUCGUUGCCAAGCGUGGCGAUCAGUAUCGCGUCCUCAGCGCUUCGCUCGCGCGCGUUCGUUACCCUGCCAUCGUGACGUUUGUGUUGGAAAACUUCCACAUCUGGAUCGACCAGUCGGAGGAGGUACUCGAUUUGCUCUUCGACACACUGGCCAUCGCCACCCGGGACAAGCACCCGGCCAUGGAGUACAACUGUCAGCGAUUGCAGGACGGUUCGCUUGUGCCCGCAUUGAUCGAUUUCUGUCGCGUGAAUUUUGUCAUUCCGGCCAAGACGGUGAAGAUCUCGCGCAGAGCGGCCGAUUUGCUCGUCGCGCUCAUUGCCAUCUUGUCGCCAACCCCACCGAGGGUUCCGCUGUUGAACGAAAUCAUGGAGCUACUGCUGUUGAUGCAUAAACCAACGGACAGCUACGUAACACACGAUCGGCAAAAGUUUUACUUCAACAUUAGCCCAGCGUACGGUGCUGGUGGUGCCGGCAGUAGUAAGCGUGCCGAUAGGACGAACGCCACUAGUAGUGGAGUCACCGGAGGCAGUAGUGGCAACAGUGGAAUAGCGACACCGAAAAUGCAACUUCGCGAUCGACGGAUGCGUCCAGCGUUGCGCAAGAUAUUGCCACUUUCGAUCUACAGUUCCACCAACAACAGUAGUUCGAUCGAAGAGUCAGCCACAACCAGUUUCAUUAUCGAUUCGAGUCGAUCGACCAAUACGAGUGUCUUGAGUGAUGAAUCGUCCGUUAAGGUCCCACCGAAAAGCCCCACUACCACCACCUCUCCGGAGGGUGUUGUUGACGAAGAGAUCUAUGAGCGGUUGAAUAAAGCGUUGGCGGAUUUUAAGAUCCGUCGAAAGAGUGUCCACGCCAUCGGGGAGAAAAGUGCCGGUGGAGGAAAGCUUAAGCUGCGACGCUUGAACAGCUCCCCAAGCAUGCGAUCCGUCCUGGGGAUUCGCAGGGAUAUGCGUAGCGGAUCCCCGCGUAGCGCAGGCGGUUCACCGAAAGCGUCCUGUCUUCGUAAUGAACUGAAUCGAACUCCCAACCACCACAACCGGUCCCCGCCGGCUCAGGCAGCCCCAGCGAGAUACAAAUUUUUCGAACAAAACUACUUCGCUACGGGCAACGACUUCUUGCAGGAAAGCUUUCUACGGGUGAUGUGCGAUUUUCUAUUAAUCCUGCCGGACGACGAUGCGCGCCAGUUUCUGAGUGGUGAGAAUCGCAUUCUCGAAACACUGCUCGUACUGGCCAACAAUGGGAACAUUCGCAUUCGGACGGUGUUGCUAAAUUUGGUGGCUGUCAUUGAUGAUCGGAUUGACAGUGCCCGUGCGAGUGGGGGACAAGGCAUGGCUAGCGGACCCGCCGGAAGUGUGCAAUACAGUGAGGAGCAGUCGAAAAUUUUCUGGUAUCACCUGGCGAAUCAAAUCGGAGCCCACAGUGUCAACGAAGAGCUGCUCAGCAGCUGUCUGCGUUGGGUGACGAAGUCGAAUACACCAUUGGCGUAUGUUCGUCGGCAGGAAGAUGCAUCACCGGAGGCCCUUGUGGCCGAUCCGAUUGAAGUGAUUCGUGUAAAUGGUCUAAAUGUGUUGAUAGCAAUCAUGAUACAGGCACGGAGUGAACCACCUCUUUUCCGGGGUGUAUUGCAAGUGAUCGAGAACAUCUGCACGAAGCGUCCGCGCCAAGGUGGGCAGUACAUAGUCGACAAUGGACUCGUGUGGGCACUGAUCAAAACUGCCGUCAAGAUGCAUGAAAAAGAGGACCCAGGCCAAGCAGAGAGCCGGUUGUACUUGUUGGACUUUUUAACGCACUUUUCACAUCUUAUGAUACUGAAGAACGUGCCCAACCCAUUCUGGGAUCUUCUCAACGGUCUGACGGUGGUGGAGAAGCACAAGAGCGAAAGGGUAACGAAAGCGGUUCGUGAUAUCCACGCGACGUUAUUCCGAAAUGUGCUGCAAAUAUUUAUCUUUCGCCCCAAACAAUCGAUCAUUGGCAACAAAAACGUCUCUUUUACCGUUGAACUGACCGGAUGUGAACUGUCGCGGGCGGAAGUAAAAACUCGGUUCAAUCGGCUGCACGAUAAAGCUGUCCAGUUUGUGACGAACAGUGACCCGGAGGGUGAGCUAUCGGACGCGGAGAUGGCACUGAUACGCACCGUGAUGAACCGCACGCUCAAUGGUAAUCCGCGCGGUGGAAACAUCAUUCUUUGGUGUUUGCUGCCAAAGCGUUCGAUCAGCUUAAAGAUCUAUACGAUCAAGCAGCUCAGGAGCUAUCUCGAGGCCGGCGGCAAUCACUUGUCGGCGAUCUGUGACAUCAAAAUGCUGAAGGUUUUCGUGCAGAGCAUCAUGUUACUGAAUCAGAAACACAACCCACCGGUAGAAGAUCUUCGCCUGGUAAACGCUUUCUACCAGUCAAUCGACGGGGGAGUAGCGCACAGUAGUAGCUGGAAUUUGACGCAAACUUUGAAAGAUUUUGAAUAUUUGCGAACGAUCAGCAUGAACGAUCAGGAGCAGACAAUACUAAAAUCGGUUACGCGCCAGGAGAAGCUGAUCUCCGCGUGCACGGUUGCGGCGAUGCAAAUUACCCGCAACAGUGUGGAGAAGCAGAACCGAUUGCGCAAGGAGCUGAUCAUACAGUUGCGCAAGGACAGCGAUUACCGAUAUUACGAUCAGUGGCGCCAGCUGGUGGGUCGAAUGACGCACGAGGGAGCACCGUGGUACAAUGCGGCGACAUAUCCGAGCUCGUGGGAACGAGAUGAUACGUACGGGCCGGACAUGGCGCUGCGAAGGAUGCGACGCUGUCAAUUAAGCAUCGAUAAGCGAUUUGUGCUUAAGGAAACACAGCCCGAGGACGGGAGAGAGGAUGAAAAGGGUGGUCUGUUGGGUUACCUGUUCCAUCGCGAUUAUCGGCACGAGUACACGGUCGAGGAGCAAGUUCUGUAUACGUUUACGGUGCAGAAAAUUUCGCCCUCCCAGGAGCUGCCGUGUGAGUGCAUCCUCACAAGCACGGAGAUGGUGCUGAAGCCGUACGACGGAGAGCUGGAGAUUUACGAUUUGCACGAUAUCGUGAAGAUAUGGACAAAGCGCUACCAGCAGCAAGAGUCGGCCGUGGAAGUGUUGCUAAAGAGCGGCCACUCCCUGUUCAUCGUCUUUGACCGUGAUCCAAGCGAGCGUGACACGUUUGAGGGUUUCUUCCACGAUCUGGUCGUGCGGUGCGGCCGUCAGGAGCUGGAUUCCUGCUCGCAACAGUGGCGCGAAGGGUCGCUCUCUAAUUGGGAGUAUUUGAUGCUGCUGAACCAAGUGUCCGGCCGAACGUACCAUGAUCUGAUGCAGUACCCGGUGUAUCCGUGGGUGUUGGCCAGUUACGAUUCGCGCACGCUCGAUCUACUUGCGGAACGUACGUUCCGCAACCUGGAGAAACCGAUAGCCGUGCAGCAUCGCGAGCUGGAGAAGCAUUAUAUCAACAACUACAACAACCUGCGGCAGGCCGAGAGUGGUGCUGAUCCGAUCGGGGAUCGACGAAAGAUCCAGCCGUAUCACUACAGCUCGCUGUACUCGAACUCGGGUACUGUGCUGCACUUUCUGGUGCGUGUGUUUCCCUUCACGUCCUUGUUUCUGCACUAUCAGGACGACAGUUUCGAUAUACCGGACCGGACGUUUCACUCGCUGCAGACCACCUGGAACCUGGCGAGCCGAGAUUCACCGACCGACGUUAAGGAGCUAAUACCGGAAUUUUUCACCUUUCCGGAGUUUCUCGAAAAUCGCGAAGGCCUCGAUUUUGGCGUUCGCCAAUCGGGCGAGCCAGUGAAUCAUGUGGAGCUGCCGGCUUGGUGCAACAACUCGUCCCGCCUGUUUGUACUCAUCCACCGUCAGGCACUCGAAUCGAGCGUUGUCCGUCGGCAGCUCAGCCACUGGAUUGAUCUCAUCUUUGGCUACAAACAGACGGGCCAGGCGGCGAUCGAUGCAAUCAACGUGUUUCACCCGGCCACUCACUGUGACUUUAGCGUGGCGGACAUUGACGAUCCCGUGAUGAAGCUGGCGCUCGAAACGAUGGUGAAGACGUACGGGCAGAUGCCGCGACGAUUGUUUGAAAUGCCUCACCCACCGCCGGGUAUGAAUUUUCUCGGUGCAAACCCACCCAAAGUGCUGGAGAGUGUGAGCGGUUUGCGCUGGGGUGUGUAUUGUGGCACUCCCGUACUGCCCAGUCCAAGGUUGACCGAUGCGUGGGCAAUGCCGGUGAGAGAACAGUCGGAACGGGUUGAGGUCAACCAAAAUCUAUCCGUCUCGCCUGCGUCGUCGUUAGUUGCGCUGGACGGUGACCGAGUGUUCGUAAUGCCCGAGCGCAUGAACGUGUUCUGCGUUUUGCAGGGAUCGACGAAGAAGCACUACACCAUCAGCUGGGGCGAACCGGACGAACGGAUAAGGAUACGGCCACUGCAGGACCAUGAAAGUGAUGCGCGGCCGAGAGAACUGUUUUAUGGUAACAACAAUAACGCCUGUGAUCCAGUAACUGCUUGCGGUACGGAUCCCGGAUGUUCCAGCAUAUUCUUCGGGCACCGGUCGGGGCGUAUAGCCGUGUUUCAGCAGCGCACGCGACGUCGCCGGGUAUCGUUUUUCAAUCAACACAUGCAACCCUCGGUAACGGUGGUCCGCUCUCGAUCAAGCUCGUUCCGGCGGUGGAUCGAUCGGAAGAGUGCCAAUCUGAGGCGAAGGCUGGAGCUCGAUGCCGAGAGUGAUUCACAACAGCAACAGGUACCGGAAGAACAGCAGAUGGAAUGGAGCUAUCCGAUACUGUUGUUGAAGCACCGCGCUCCGGUCAGUGCGAUUCGCAUAUCGAUGGAGUUCAAGAUAGCGGUCAGCGUGUCGCUUGACGGUUGUGCGGUCAUCUGGGACAUCAACAAUUUGUCGUAUGUACGCGAAAUUCCCAAACCGGUCAAUGUUUUGCACUCGCGGAUAAGUGAAGUUACCAUCAGUCCAACGAUGGGUGACAUCGUCACGGUGUACUCUCAGGCCGGCGGCUUAAGUUCGCUGGCUACGCAGGACUCGUGGUCAAGCACCACGCUGAUGGAGGAAGAUGAUAGCUUCGAGGUGACGGAAAACUACAACGUAGACUACGUGAACAUUAGCAUGACGACGCAUCGGGACCAGCUGCGGUUGUACACCGUCAACGCGCAGUACGUGGACCACGUUUUUCUGGAGAGCCCCGUCCAGGCCAUUACUUACUCUUCGGUGAAGGAAGGUUGCGGAGUCAAUUGCAUCGUGGUUGCCCUCGACACCGGUAUCGUGCGGUUCUACUCGAGCUGGAAUCUGGCAUUGCUGCGCGAAAUCAAUGUCGAACCGCACGACGUACGUUGUGCGCUCUUCUCGAAAUAUCAGCAUCUACUGCUACUGACAGGCCACAAUACUGUGCAGACGUGGACGGCGGAAGGACUUCCCGGGCCGCUGCCAACCAUUCAGGAGCCAUAUCAUUGCGGUGGACAGUGAUGCACUAGAUUAGACUAUAUAGAAAGUGAUCAUAAGCUAUAACGAGCGGGUGUUGGUGUACUCUGUUGUAAAGUAAUAUAAUUUGUUAUCAAUGUUUUGUUGUUUCGUGAUGCCU